AACUCACCACUCUGAAUCUCUCUGUUUACAACUCACCUGCAACCAAAAUCGAGCUUCACCACCCAAUCCCCUCUCUCUCUCUCUCUCAUCCCAAACCCUAACCCUAAUCUCCUCCCACCUCGCCAACCCAUGUCGACCUAGAACCUCCGCUCCACUCCAUUUCCGGCGAGUCCAGCUCCCACCGCACCGCCAAUCAAGACCUAAAAUCUCCACCACGAUGCCGCCGAAAGCCGAUCUGGACCGUCAGAUCGACCACCUGAUGCAGUGCAAGCCUCUGACGGAGGCGGAGGUGAAGACGCUGUGCGAGCAAGCGAGGACGAUCCUCGUCGAGGAGUGGAAUGUGCAGCCGGUCAAGUGUCCGGUCACCGUCUGCGGCGACAUCCACGGCCAGUUUCACGACCUAGUUGAGCUCUUUCGGAUCGGCGGCAGUGCUCCCGAUACCAAUUAUCUCUUCAUGGGUGACUAUGUAGAUCGAGGAUACUACUCAGUGGAGACUGUCACACUUCUAGUGGCCCUGAAAGUACGUUACAGAGAUAGAAUUACAAUUCUCAGAGGAAAUCAUGAGAGUCGGCAAAUUACUCAAGUGUAUGGGUUUUAUGAUGAGUGUUUGAGGAAAUAUGGAAAUGCUAAUGUAUGGAAGCAUUUCACCGACCUUUUUGAUUAUCUGCCAUUGACAGCUUUAAUCGAGAGUCAGAUCUUCUGCUUGCAUGGUGGACUAUCCCCCUCUUUGGAUACAUUGGACAAUAUUCGGGCUCUUGAUCGCAUACAGGAGGUUCCUCAUGAGGGCCCAAUGUGUGAUCUCUUGUGGUCUGAUCCAGAUGAUCGAUGUGGUUGGGGAAUAUCUCCUCGAGGUGCAGGGUAUACUUUUGGUCAAGAUAUAGCAGCUCAGUUUAACCAUACUAAUGGGCUGAGUCUUAUUUCUAGAGCUCACCAGCUUGUUAUGGAAGGCUACAAUUGGUGCCAGGAAAAGAACGUUGUAACUGUAUUUAGUGCUCCAAAUUACUGCUAUCGAUGUGGCAAUAUGGCUGCAAUCCUCGAGAUUGGAGAGAAUAUGGAGCAGAAUUUCCUUCAAUUUGACCCAGCACCUCGUCAGGUUGAACCCGAUACAACACGAAGAACUCCAGACUAUUUUUUGUAAUCCACAUAACUUUACCACCGAUUAGCUAUUCUUCUUGUUCCUUGUCGUGUUUUUUGUAGAUUUGUCUCACAAAGAAGAUGAGUUUUGAUGUUCAGUUGAGAAAGUGACAGAAAGAAAACAUAUCAUUCUUUUGGUUAGAGUUGUUCUGCUGCUUAAUUCAUGUGAUUUAUAGAAUUUUCUUGGUAACAAUUGCAUCUUGUAUUGAAAUAGUUGAAAAGGAUGACGGAAACCACAAUGAAAAACUGUGUUUUAAGA